GGAAGGUACUGUCCGACAGAGGGCGCUCUUCCCGCCACUGCUGCCUCCAACCAAGUACUAAGCUGCGAUCAUUUCAGCCCAGAGCAACACAGAGCCGUUAUCAGUCUUUCACAUCCCACUCCAAACACACUAAUACGGCAUUGAUGGUAAUGUAUGCGAGGAAACAACCGAGACUCGGCGAUGGGUGUGACCGAAGAGACUCUCAGCCCUACCAGACUCUCAAGUACUCAUCCAAGAGCCACCCGGGAGGGGAUCACCGACAUGAGAAGAUGCGAGACCCUGCAGAUGUCACUCCUCCCUGCAAAGUGCUCAAGAGGUCCGACAGCCCCGACAACAAACACACUGACAGCGCGGUACACGGCCGAGCAAAGGCUGUCCACUCACACCGCGCCAGGGACCGAGACGGAGGGACCAGUCAUUCUCCACAUGAGAACUCUCACAACCACAGCACCCUACAUAGCUCCAACUCACAUUCAAACCCCAGCAAAAUAUCAGACACACCUCAUGAACCUGGGGAUGACUGGUCAGAGCACAUCAGCUCAUCUGGGAAGAAAUAUUAUUACAACUGCCGAACAGAGGUGUCCCAGUGGGAGAAGCCCAAAGAAUUGCUGGAAAGAGAACAACGGCAGAAGGACACUACAAAACAAAGCGCAGUUGUCAACAGUUUCCCAAAGGACAGGGACUAUAGAAGGGAGACUAUGCAGACAUCAGCACCCCCUGGGUUUUCAGCAACAAAGUCAGCACAGGUAGAGAAGGCCACAGCGACUCAUGCAACGCAGUCUUCAUCCUCCGGCUCAGGAAGCUUAAACCAAUCGUCAGGCACUCCGGGAUCAUCAGCAUCUACGGUCCCGGUCUCCCCGGUCCUGCAGUCCCCAGCCCCUCCACUUCUCCAAGACCCCACAUUGUUACGCCAGCUUCUUCCAGCACUUCAGACAGCACUGCAGCUCAACAAUGCAAGUGUGGACAUGGCAAAAAUCAAUGAAGUUCUGACAGCUGCCGUCACACAAGCUUCGUUACAGUCGAUGCUUCAUAAAAUCCUCACUGCCGGACCAUCAGCUUUCAAUAUUACUACUAUUCUGUCUCAAGCUGCUCAACUCUCCAGCCAAGUUGCUCAGCAGUCGAACCAGUCGCCAAUGUCGUUAACGUCAGAUGCCUCGUCGCCCAGGUCCUACGUUUCUCCCCGGAUCGGCACACCACAAACGAAUGCUGGUCCCCUCAAACCCCUACUCAGCACACAGACGGCCAUCUCACUGUCAAAGGUGAAUGCAUCAGCCAACAAGCAGUCAUCUCAUCCCCAGCAGACAUCCCAGCAGCCCCUGCCCAGCGAUAAGCAGCACAGUCAUGAUGCUACCACAGCUUCCCCACGCACACUUCAGCGGCAGAGCAGCAGUCAGAGGAGUCCCUCCCCGGGUUCCAACCAUGUCCCACCUGGCGGCGGCAGCAGCAGCAACAACGCCCCCGCUCCUGCGCCGGCACCUGCGACUUCCUUGGCGAGCCGGCAACCUUCCUCCUUCACCCCCACCUUUGCUUCCCACUUCAAUGAGAAUCUAAUUAAACACGUCCAAGGUUGGUCUGCUGAGCACGCAGAGAAACAGGCGUCAAGAUUACGUGAAGAGGCUCACACCAUGGGCAGCAUUUGCAUGUCGGAGAACUGCACCGAGCUCAAAAACCUGCGUUCCUUGGUCCGAGUCUCUGAAAUCCAAGCCACCUUGCGAGAGCAGAGGAUACUCUUUCUGAGACAACAAAUCAAAGAACUUGAAAAGCUGAAGAACCAGAAUUCGUUCAUGAUCUGACAACUUCCUGCGAGGUUGAUCUGGAACUAGAUGGGGGGUUACAAGGGGUGAGGGUGGAGGGAGACCCAUUGCACAUAGCUGGCAGCCAGAGGCAAGGUGGUAGUUGACUCCCUCCCCGAGCCCCAUCUUAACACACAGGCAGGCGCUGGUGUCGGUUUAGCGUUAGACCGGGGGUGGGGGGGAGGAAAGGAAGAGGAGGGGUUGACUUACAACACCGUCACAAAAAAAUGAGUGUAGAUUUCUUGUAGAUGUUAUCUAUGUUGUAAAUAUGUUUUGUAGAUUGAAAGCCAUGCCUAUCAAAGCUUUUGACCUCCCACCUAAUCAGCUGCAUUCUCUCGCUGGCCUUCCCCUUCACGCUGACUCCUGUGUGUUCAUCCAUCAUUGAAGCAAUGAGCAUGCAUGUGCACCACCCGCAUGUAGACACAGGGGAGCGUGGAUCCAAACACAGAAUUACACUGGGCUCAUUGGCACUUUUAAUGGUGACUCUCUUCCCUCCCCCCGUCCCCUUCAGGCCAAGUCUUGACCUGCACCAAUCGUGACGGUGGUCUUUUUGCAGCUUCUCGUGGCCCCUGCAUCUCCCGGUCUGACAAAAUAGUGCCUGGUGGUGUGAUUCCAUAACACAACCAAAAUAAUGUAAUUGCUGGGACGGCGCCUUGCUUUGAAUCAUUCCCACCUUCUCUCCUUUCCAUCCCCAAUGUUCCCUUCAAGCUGCAGGUCUACUCCAUUGUACAGUUAAAAGUGGACUAAAUUCUAAUGGUUUAUUUAUAAGUAGUGGUAGUGAUUUGCACUCAGUGUAGCUAGGAAGGGGCAGAAGGCAAGCAGGCAAGGUCAAAAUGUGAAUUGUAUGUAUGAUAAUAAACAUGUUCAGCAUAAUGAAUGCCUUGAUUAUAUUAUUGGGAGUGUUGGGUUUACUUGGAUAUGAUGCUAGUGCCUUGUUGAAAGUUCAUACAUCCCUCUUCCACUUGGCUUUCUCAGACCAGACCAGAUCUUUUGACAUGCGCUUGUCUCAUCCUUGUUACUGUUUGUCCUUCACUGUCGAAUCACAGGGUCCCCAAAGCUGCAAAAUGUCUUUCCGCCAUGGUCGAGUCCAUAACUGAACCCCAGUACAGUCAGCAAAGGUGACCACAUCGUUGCUUUGUAUAUUGUUUCUUGAAGUAUAUGACAGAUGAAAUAAAAUAAUGUCUCUCCAGG